UCCGGACGUCUACACGUCUUUGAAUACGAGGUUGGUCAAAACGGCGACCGUUUCCUGUUUGUUCUCUCGGGGCCGUCGACGACUAUAGAGAAAGCGGAGGAGUCGAGUAGCGGCAGCAGCUGGAAGUGGCGCGGUAGAGGCGAUCAUGGCUCUCGUCAAGGCUAAGCAAAUCGUUUCAUCCAACCCCGUCGUUGUCUUCAGCAAGUCAUACUGCCCAUACUGCACAAGGGUUAAGCAGUUGCUAACACAAUUGGGGGCCAAGUACAAAGCAAUUGAGUUGGAUGUUGAGAGUGAUGGGCCUCAAAUACAAGAAGCAUUGGCAGAAUGGACUGGGCAGAGAACUGUUCCAAAUGUUUUUGUUGGUGGGAAACAUAUUGGUGGCUGUGAUAAUACCAUGGCGAGUCACGGUAAAGGCGAGCUGGUCCCUCUGCUAGUUGAUGCUGGUGCCGUUGUUGCUCGUGCAGCAUAUCGCGUUGUUUAAAUACUAGUAAGAUGUCUGAUCUCAGCCUUUCCAGAAUAAAAGAUGAGGGAACUUCUGUUCAGGACUUUGUUUCUUCGUCACUGCCAUGUCAAAACGUUUUCUUCACAUCAGUUUGGGUGCUAUUGUUAUAAAUCUAUAAACCGAAGAUGUGAAUUCUGGUCUGUUUCUUUCUA